GAGGUCAACCCGACCAACAUGAUGCCGACGCCGGAUCAGCGCAAGUCCGGCGGUCAGAGGAACAACCUCUCCACGCACAGGGUCGCGUCCACCAUCCCGAUAAGCGAGCGCAACCGGUCGAUGCCCCAACACCAGAAGGACGCCGCGGCCACGGGCACGUGGCAGUACCCCAGCGAGCAGAUGUUCUUCAACGCCAUCAAGCGCAAGGGCUGGACUCCGAAGGAGGAGGACAUGACCAACGUGAUAGCCAUACACAACGCGGUGAACGAGAGGUGCUGGGCGGAGGUUCUGCGAUGGGAGUCCCUCCACGCGAAGGAAUGCGACUGCCCGAAGCUCCUCAAGUUCCGGGGCCGCCCCCGGGACUACUCCCCGAAGGCCAGGUUCCUCAACUUCCUGGGUUUCAAGCUGCCGUUUGACAGGCACGACUGGGUAGUGGACAGGUGCGGAACGGACGUUCGGUACGUCAUCGACUUUUACAACGCCAAGAGCGCGGACCCGAGGAGCCCCAUUGCCAUGCACCUCGACACGAGACCGGCGCUGGACUCGGUCUCGUCGGCGAUGGACCGGCUGUACGUG